GACGGGUUGUGUGUGUGACUGUGGGACUGGCACAGGUCUGGGAUAGAAGUUGUGUGUGUGACACAAGGCUGUGGGUGAAGGUGGGGCUGACACGGUGCUGGGUUAAAAGUUGUGUGUGACACGGGACAGCGGGUGAAUGUGGGGCUGGCACAGGGCUGGGGUAGAAGUUGUGUGUGACACGAGGCAGUGGGUGAAUGUGGGACUGGCACAGGACUCGGUUAGCUGUUGUGCGUGUUACACAGGGCAGCGGGUGAAUGUGGGAGCUAGCACAGGGCUAGGGUAGUGAUUGUGGCUUUGACAUGGGGCAGCGCGUCAAUGUUGGGACUUGCACAGAACUGGGAUGGCAGUUGUGUGGGUUACACGGAGAAGUGGGUAAAUGUGGGACCUGACAGGGUUGUGGCUGUGACAUGGGGCAGUGGGUGAGUGUCGGGGCUGGCACAGGGCAGGGUAGAGGUUGUUGCUGUGACAUUGGACAACGAGUAAAUGUUGGGGGCACAGGAUUGGUGUAGAGGUUGUGGGUAUGACAUUUGGCAACAGAAUGCACAUGAUUGGGGUUUGCACUGCUUCCCUGGGCUCGCUUGGGUUUAUGCGGCUUUUUGGAGUGCCCUGGUCAUGGAGUCUGGCAGCAACACUGGGUGUUUACAUCGGGAGUGGAGGAUGGAGGUUUCUCCGUAUCAUCUUUAAGACUGCUGUGAGGGAUCUCUUUGGCCUCUCGGUGUUGAUACGAGUCAAAUAUGAGUUGCAAAAGCAUCAGCGAGCCAAAAACACUAUCCCAAAGAUCUUCCAGGAUGUCGUCCGCCGACACCCUAACAAAGUGGCCCUAAUCUAUGAAGCUAGUGAUGAGAAAUGGACAUUCCAGCAGCUGGAUGAGUAUUCCGAUGCUGUGGCUAACUUCUUCUACCAGCAGGGAUACCGUCUAGGGGAUGUCAUUGCCAUUUUCAUGGAGAGCCGUCCCGAGUUCAUAGGCCUCUGGCUUGGGAUGGCAAAAGUUGGUAUUGAGGCAGCUCUAAUUAACUUCAAUUUACGCCUGGAUUCUUUGGUUUACUGUGUGACAACAUCUGGGGCAAAGGCUGUGAUCUUUGGAGGAGAGCUGGCUGCAGCAAUAUCUGAAGUGAAUGAGAAGCUGGGCAAGAACAUGGUGAAAUUUUGCUGUGGAGACUUUAACCCAGAUGCUGUCCCUGUGGAGACUAAAUACCUUGAUCCUCUUCUGAUCACUGCAUCAAAGUCUCCUCCAGAGCAGGUUGCAACCAAAGGGUUAGAUGAUCGGCUUUUCUAUAUCUACACAUCUGGCACGACAGGAAUGCAAAAGGCUGCCAUUGUGGUGCACAGCAGAUACUACCGCAUAGCUGCCUUUGGGUACUAUGCCUACAGAAUGCGCCCUGAGGACAUCCUCUACAACUGCUUGCCACUCUAUCACUCAGCAGGUAACAUCAUGGGAGUUGGCCAGUGUCUAAUCCAUGGCCUCACUGUGGUGAUCAGGAAGAAGUUCUCAGCUAGUGGCUUUUGGGAUGACUGUAUAAAAUACAAAUGCACAAUUAUUCAGUAUAUUGGGGAGAUUUGUCGGUAUCUUCUGAACCAGCCAGUACGAGAGGCAGAAGCACAACAUCAAGUGCGACUAGCAGUGGGAAAUGGAUUAAGACCCACCAUAUGGGAAGAUUUUACCAGGCGUUUCCGAAUUAAACAGAUUGGGGAGUUCUACGGAGCCACAGAGUGUAAUUGCAGCAUUGCUAACUUGGAUGGAAAGGUUGGUGCCUGUGGUUUCAAUAGCCGGAUUUUGCCCAAUAUUUAUCCCAUUUGCUUGGUGAAGGUAAAUGAAGACACGAUGGAGCUGUUCCGUGACUCCAAUGGGCUCUGUGUCCCCUGCUGCCCAGGGGAGCCAGGUCUUCUUGUUGGUAGAAUAAACCAGCAGGACCCCUUACGCAGGUUCGAUGGCUAUGUCAACAAGAGUGCCACCAAUAAGAAGAUAGCAUGCAAUGUGUUCCAAAGAGGGGACCAGGCAUAUCUUUCCGGAGACGUCUUAGUGAUGGAUGAACUUGGUUACAUGUAUUUCAAAGACCGCAGUGGGGACACAUUCCGGUGGCGAGGGGAAAAUGUCUCCACCACAGAAGUAGAGGGGAUCCUGAGUCACAUCCUCAAUCAAACAGAUGUUGCAGUGUAUGGAGUGGAAGUACCAGGAGUUGAAGGGAAAGCUGGAAUGGCAGCAAUAGCUGAUCCAAAAGCUAACCUGAGUCCUAAUGCUUUGUAUCAGAAUCUACAGACGGUGCUUCCUCCCUAUGCACGGCCCAUCUUUCUUCGUCUCCUGCCUCAAGUUGACACUACAGGCACAUUCAAAAUCCAGAAAACCCGUUUACAGAGAGAAGGAUUUGACCCUCAUCAAACAUCAGACCGAUUAUAUUUUCUUGAUCUGAAGUUGGGAAAAUACGUUCCCUUGGAUGAGUGCCUCUUUGAGAAGAUCUGUGCCAGAAAGGUCGCUCUGUGAUCUUGUCUGGUAUGUGCCUUUUGCAGGAAACACUGCUAAUGGGUUUAAGAAAGGCCCUGUCUGUGGAACCAAGAGAUUCCUGCUAGAUAAAGAGUACAAGGUCCCCAUGCAGUGCAUCAGCAACCAUGACAAAUUCACUGGGGCAUAGGAUGUUUUUCUCACAUGUGUUAAGUACUUUAAUUUGUGACCUGUUCCUAUCCUAGGCUUAGAUAUGCCAUUUCUCUAGAUAUCUCUGUAUCUAGAGAUAUUUUUUCUUUUUAUAACCACUAUAAUCUGAGGGGUUCUGCAAUAUGAGAGGUGUUUAUGGUCUGAAUUAUUUAUUGGAACAUCUUGAGGAUGUAACUGAGUAGAAAUGCAUGUGUCCUGAGCAGGUGUUCUGCUUUCUCUCUCUAUUUUAUGUUGCUCUCUUGCUUCAGGUAGAGCCUUUGAUCACCCCACCUCACAUUUCUUUCUUGAUUGCACAUCUAAGAUUCACUGUAGUGGGAAAUCCUUGCUCUGAAGGGUCUAUCAUAUGUUUACCUACGGUAUUCUGUUUGCACAAUACUUAGCACAAUAAGGUCCUGCUCCAUGAUGGAGCCUCUAAGCAUUACAAUAAUAAAUAAUAAUAGUACUGAGAAUUAAUCAGUUUGUUGACCCACUGGGGUGCAGCCUCUGUGAAUCUUUACAAACUGUGAUCUGCAGAACAAAUAGGUUAAUUCACGGAAGGGAGUAGAUUGUGUGUAAAUGGUUAAAAAGCAUAAUUAGGGGCAUAGGACAACUGCCUAGGACAGUACGCCAGUAAAUAAACAAUGUAUUUAAAUUUGUUACUGGGCUAGGUGAUGAGGUAAAUGGCAAGUCUUGCCAGAGGAGUCAUAUGGUAAUGUUACACCUUUUAAUGCUAAGUUGAGGUUUUAGGAAAUAUUAAUUUUAAUACUGCUGUGUAAUUUUUUAAAAAUUUUAUAUUUACCGAUAGUUCUAUCUUCAAAUUGUGUUGCCAUCUGCAAAAAAUGAGUGGCAAUUGUUGAACACCAAUGUGUAGGCCACAUAUGACAAGACAAAUCGGAACAGAAUAAAUUUAAUGUCUACUCCAACCUCAGUAAGAAUUUUAUAUUCCAUUUAAUGUGGGCAAGUUUAUUAACAGACAUUUCUGGAUGUAUUUGUUUUUCUGGUGCUUUUGCCAUAAUUAGAACUAAAUGUAAUUCUUAAAACUGGAAAAUUAAAGGGAUUGACUUUCACUGGUGUAUGUAUGCAGUGGUUCCACUUGUCCCAACAAAGGAUUAUUUUCUCAUUUUAAUUGCACCAUCCUGAGCAGCUUUUGGAGACAUUUGAACUUGCCAUAUCCACUAAUGGUGGUUACUGCUGGUGUACCCAGUCUUGUGAUGCCUUAAGGAAUUUUCAGUGGACUCAUACUAUUUAAAGCAAUUUAUACUCCUUAAACUCUGUUCUGUGGCACCCUGUGCUGUUCUAAUUAUUUUAAUAUGACAUGCAGUGUAAGUAAGGAAAAAAUCAUUCUGCCCUUUCUCUGAAGGAGUUAGUGUUUCAUCUAAAAUAUUUUUAUAAAGAGUUUUGCAGAUGCUUUUGAAACAGUUUUAAUGUUCAAUGCACUGUAGAAACUGGACAUUGUAAAUAGUUUAAAUACUAAUUUUUUUAUGUGGAAUGUGCCUUUUAUCAGGACAGACAGUAAGCGGAAAUUAAUUCAUGAUAAAAAUGACCCAAGUUAACUUGAACUAUAAUAUGCUCAGAAGCAAAGUGUGGGAGUCUGCAGCUUGGGAACUGAGUGCAUGAGCUAGGAAUCGGGAUAGCGCUUGAAAUAUCCUAAAGUUUCUUGUAGUUUGAAGAAUCUCGUGAAUUGACUAAUUGAACUUUUAAAACAAAAUUGUCUUUCAAACUGAUCACUAUAUUGUCUAACUGUAUUUCUUUUAUCAAGCUCAGAAAUAAAAACAAAUUAAUUUAAAUGAAACAGUGUAGCUUUCAUUCAUUUCCACGUGGUGAGAUAAGCUCUUGUGUACCAGAAACUUCACUGUUUAUAAAGGAAGAA